CCCCCCCCCCCAAAUAUUCAUUUUUCGCUCUGCGGGUAAAAAAAGUAAGAGAGUGGACUAAUUUAAAUUCUUCUUUUGAGUGUAAUAAAUAAAAUCUCGCAAUGAAUUUUGUACCUAAUAUGUCAAAUUAUGCUCGGCGAAUGGCCCGAUUGAGUGCAAGAAUUUUUGGAGAAGUUUCGCGCCCGACUGACAGUAAAUCUAUGAAAGUUGUUCGCAUAUUAAGUCAACAGCCAAAUGACUUGAAUCCUUAUGUUGUGGAUCAUUACCCUCCGCACGUUGAAUAUUCAAAAUUAAUAAGAGUUCUGAGAGAGCAUGGACUUUUCAGAUUUGGAAAUAAGGUUUUAGAAAUGGUUAUCUCCAACUCAAUAUUGCAUCAGGAAUAUAUCAUUGUAUAACUGACACCUGUUAUCUGUAUGUACUUUUGUUGAAAUAAAUAGCGAUUAAAUAUUAUUUAUAUUACAAA